CAGAGAAAAAUGAUAAAAGCUGACAGAUUUAUACAGUUACGCUAGGAUAAUCUUUGGCACUUAACCACUAAGAAACAUUUGUAAACAAAAUUUACAGAGCCACGGAUAAAAAAUUUCAGGAUACUUGAUCAUCAUAGCAAUGAGUAACUACACAAGAAUGUCUCCCCCAAGCUCCCCAACAUCAUCCACGUUCAGAAAUGGAGACCCAGCACAGAGCAAACAAGAAGCCAGACUGACAGCUACAGCCAAACGACACAAAUAUCUCCGACGGAUAUUGAAAUUUAAACAGAUGGAUUUUGAAUAUGCAGUGUGGCAAAUGAUUUAUCUCUUCAUAUCACCCCAGAAAGUAUACAGAAAUUUCCAAUACAGAAAAUAUACAAAAGAUCAGUGGGCCAGAGAUGAUCCAGCAUUUUUAGUGCUACUUAGUUUUUGGCUGGUGGUGUCAUCCAUUGGAUUUUCUUUCACACUUGGCAUCCAUUUCUCUGGAUUCUUGAAACUGAUUUUAUGGGUAGUGUUUGUGGAUUGCAUAGGAGUUGGGUUACUAAUAGCAACUAUUUUCUGGUUAUUCACCAAUAAGUACAUGAUACAGGCCCCUCCGCGGGGUCAGGAUGUGGAGUGGGGAUAUGCCUUUGAUGUUCAUCUUAAUGCUUUCUUUCCUUUACUCAUGAUUCUACAUUUGUUUCAGUUGGUUUUUCUUGGUUUAAUUAAUGGAGAUAGUUAUCUUGGGUUGUUGUUUGGAAACACAUUGUGGCUGGUGGCCUUGACCUAUUACAUUUACAUAACCUUUCUGGGAUACAGUGCACUACCAUACCUAAAGAAUACCAGGAACUUGUUAUUUCCAUGUAUUGGUGUCAUAUUAGUGUAUGUUCUCUCUCUAAUAUUCAGCUGGAACUUCAGUAGAGGACUGUGUAACUUUUACAAAUUUCGAGUCAUGUAGUACUUCCACAUAAACCAUAUGAUUUGCCUGAUCUGUGACAUUCAGACUCAUUUUCCCCUCAAGGAGUAACUGUUAAGUUGUGUGUGUGGUACAUGCGUUGGGACAAGAGGGAAAAGAAUGAUACACUGCAAAGAAUGUCAAACCAGUGGAAAUCUAAUACGGUCCAAGCACCUGUUUUAUAUUUUUAAAUUGUGAUCUGUACAUAAUAUGCUUGUUAUUUAGCCGCUGUUUGUUAUAUUUAUUGACUGUGGUCUUAUGAGUUUCAUUAUAUGACAUCAUCUUUACUAUUUUACAUACUGUAUAUGAUGAGUUGUGUAGCCAACCCAUUGAUAAUUUGUCCACUAACUCAAGCAGCCAAUUAUGUAUGCAAGUCCCAACUGGGUCCAAAAACUUAACAACAUAUAGACAGUUGCUUGUGUGUUUAAAAAUGAUGUAGAAAAUGUCUUGAUUAUAAAUAAAUGACCAGACAAUCUCAUA